UGUGAUUCUCUUUGGGGUGUUCUGUCUGCUGGGCUCCGUCCUCCUGACCCGGUAGUGGUGUACCUGCCGGUGACCAGAGGACUCCAACAUGGCCUGGAGGAGCUGCUCAGUCCUCUGCAGACUGACCGGAGGAGACCCGUUCCUGUGCUCCGUGAGAGGAGGGAGGUGGCCGGGCGGCUUCCAGCAGCGCUGCGGCUUCAAGAAAGCGUCCAGAACGCCGGAACCAAAACAGCCGGAACCAAAACAGCUGGAGGGUCCGGGGCUGGAGAGCCGGGCCCCGGUCCCGCCACAGACCCCGGCGCCCCCGCGGGCUUUCGGCCGCCUCGUCAAGCCCUUCCUCUUCACCGUGGGGUUCACAGGCUGCUCCUUCGGCGCGGCGGCCAUCUGGCAGUACGAGUCGCUCAAGUCCCGAGUCCAGAGCUACUUCAACGAGCUGCAAGCUGAUUGGCUGGAGAAGCUGCGGCCUCAGAAACGAGGAGACGUCCGCAAGGAGAUCAACCAAUGGUGGAACAGCCUGACGGAGGGCCAGAAGACGGUGGCAGGGAUCAUCGUUGCCAACGUCUUGGUGUUCUGUGCCUGGCCGCUGGUGCCGCUGCCCAUCAUGCUCCGCUACUUCACCUCCAACCCGGCCUCCUCGGCCCUGUGUGUCCCCAUGCUGCUGUCCACCUUCAGCCACAUGUCCCUGUUCCACCUGGCGGCCAACAUGUACGUCCUGUGGAGUUUCUCCAGCAGCGCCGUCUCCAUGUUGGGCAGGGAACAGUUCCUGGCCGUCUACCUGUCCGCCGCCGUCGCCUCCUCCUUCUCCAGCUACCUGUGCAAGACGGUCACAGGACGCUACGGCCCGUCUCUCGGUGCGUCUGGCGCCAUCAUGGCCGUCCUCGCCCUGGUUUGCACCAAGAUGCCUGAAGCCAAACUGGCCAUCAUCUUCCUGCCCAUGUUCACCUUCACCGCCGCCAACGCCCUGAAGGCCAUCGUUGCCAUGGAUACGGCCGGCCUCCUGUUGGGAUGGAGGAUCUUCGACCACGCCGCGCAUCUGGGCGGAGCUCUGUUCGGGAUAUGGUACAUCCUGUUUGGACACGAGUUGAUCUGGAAGAACCGCGAGCCGUUCGUCAAGCUGUGGCACGACCUGCGGACCCGGAGCGGCGGCGGGCCUGGCGGGCCCGGCGGGCCUGGCGGCGCCGUCUAGGGACCACAACCGGGACUGGACUGUAGAAUCAUGUAAAGUUGUAUAAAUGUACAGCCAGCGCUCCACAUCGGGAACCUGUGGGUCCGUCUUUUGGGUUCAGACCGAUCAGAACCGCUGCUGGUCGGGUUCUGAUCCGGUAUUUCUGCAACCGGAUGACGCCUAACUCGGCUAAACAGAAACUCCAGGUUCUGAUGUUUUUUAGAAAAAAGUCAGAUUUCUAGUUUUCUUUGUUUGUAGAGCUGAAGAAGAAUCAGCCAAUGAGAGGAGGCGGAGGAGCAGCGAUCUGAUUGGCCGGAGCUCCACCGGACUGUCUCUGUCAAAUAAAUCUGUGUGACUGCGCCCUCUGGUGGGCUGUUUAUGAACAAAAGAAACCUUGAUUUUGUAAUAACUACGUUGUUUAUGAGAUUAGUUAAAGCUGUUAUCAGACUGAUGGGACUGGAUCACUAAUUUAUAACAUAUUUACUCACAUCUGAUUAUUGAACACACACAUCACAAAAUGCAAUUUAAUCAUAAUUAUAUUUAUUUUUGUUUUCUUUCACUAUUUUUAUGAUCAUAAUGAAAUACAAAAAGAAAUAAAAAUUAGUCGAUGGUACAGAUCAUGUUAUUAGGACAGAUUGUAGAGUGACGUUUAUAUCCGAGCUCUUAUUUUGAAGUUUGGCCCUACUAACAAAAGUUAGCAAGUACCAAACUGAAAUAAUCAGUGAAAGUUUGUUCCAAAGAAUCGUUUCCUAAAGUUACAGGAAGAUGUGUAACGACAGAUUUAGACCAGUUGGGGGCGAUAUACUGUGACGUUGUUGAGACAUGGCUGGUAUCAAGAUGGAUGAAUUUAGCGUUAGCUUCCACUAACUACCAUAUUGGUGUAGCGCCCUAGCAUUAGCUUCUACCAUGUUGGUGUACUGCUUUAGCACUAGCAUCAGCUAUUGUUGGUAUUGUGCUUUAGCGUUAGCUAAACUAAUGUUUAUGAUUACUGCUGUAGGGUUAAUGUGGCUAACUGCACAGCUAACGUUUCAGUGAUUUCCAUCACUGGUAGAAAAGAGUUUC